UUGGAUUCGAGCAAGUUACUAGAGAGGGGGCGCUGGUCCGACGAACGACAGCCAUCUUGGAAAAAGUGUAUCUGGUGAAAGAUCCCAAAAUAUUGAGUGGGACUCGGAGAAUAUCGUUAGGAAUUUAUCGGUUGUCAUCUGUCGCCUCAUCUCUGUUCCAUCGUUAGUUUUUGUUGUACAUCUUUAUAUUCCAAUGGCCGAAACAGAUAAACUCAACAUUGACAGCAUUAUAGCCCGACUUUUGGAAGUUCGUGGCUCCAGACCUGGAAAAAAUGUCCAGUUGACAGAGAAUGAGAUCAGAGGCUUAUGCUUGAAGUCCAGGGAGAUCUUUCUCUCGCAGCCCAUCUUACUGGAACUGGAAGCACCACUCAAGAUUUGUGGAGAUAUCCAUGGUCAGUACUAUGACUUGCUGCGUUUGUUUGAAUAUGGAGGCUUUCCACCAGAGUCAAACUACCUCUUCCUGGGUGAUUACGUUGAUCGAGGGAAGCAAUCUCUUGAAACCAUCUGUCUUUUGCUGGCUUACAAGAUCAAAUACCCAGAGAAUUUUUUCCUGCUGAGAGGCAACCAUGAGUGUGCCUCCAUCAACCGUAUCUACGGCUUUUAUGACGAGUGCAAACGGCGCUACAAUAUCAAGCUAUGGAAGACCUUCACAGAUUGUUUCAACUGCCUACCCGUAGCGGCCAUUGUUGACGAGAAAAUCUUUUGCUGCCACGGUGGUCUCAGUCCUGAUCUCCAAAGCAUGGAACAAAUUCGCCGAAUCAUGAGGCCCACAGAUGUGCCUGAUCAGGGUCUUCUUUGCGAUCUUUUGUGGUCUGACCCCGACAAGGACACGAUGGGUUGGGGCGAAAACGACCGAGGUGUAAGCUUUACUUUUGGUGCGGAAGUUGUUGCUAAAUUCCUUCACAAACACGACAUGGAUUUAAUCUGCAGAGCCCAUCAGGUUGUUGAAGACGGAUACGAAUUUUUUGCGAAGCGUCAGCUCGUGACCCUCUUUUCUGCACCCAACUAUUGUGGCGAGUUCGAUAAUGCUGGAGCUAUGAUGUCAGUCGAUGAGACGCUCAUGUGCUCUUUCCAGAUUCUCAAGCCGGCAGACAAGAAAAAAUUCCCAUACGGAGGCUUGAACACCGGUCGACCUAUGACGCCACCACGAGGUGGACCGCAGGCCAAACAAAAUAAAGGAAAAAAUAAAUAAUUCUCCUUCCCGCACCUUAAUGUCCGUCGGGCGGGCAACUGUUUGACUAGCGUUUAGGAACAAAAAAAAGGUCGAGGUCUUGAGUUGGAUGUUUCGCCGACUAUUGUUAUCAUGAACCUCCAAAUUACACACAAGAAAACAAAAAAAAAAGUUACACAAGUUAUUUUAAGCGUUGCAAUCGGAUGGCUUCGUACGAAUGCUGUUUCGGAAUAAAAGGGGGUAGAAGAGGAUCAAGGGAUCGUCGGAGGCGAAGAGAAUCGUAUUGCUAAAAACAAAAAAAAAGAUUGGUUCUACCAAUUGUACCUUUGAUUUCAUUCUUUUUUUUCUCCCAUCUUCUUUCAUUCUUAUCACAAGUGACGAACUGUAAAGCGACGACUAUGUAGUUGAACUUCCCUCCUGAUCCUGAUAUAGCCGAGUCCAGAUUUUCUUUCUUCAUACCCCCUCCCUCCAGCCCCCACCAUUUGUCAUGUGUCUGUUGUGUAUUUAAGAAGAAAAAAGUACUGAAAUAUCUCCCGUCUUCUUUGUUUGUUUUUUUAUCUUUUCUCUUUUCUGCGAUUCUUCUACCAUUUACUCUUCCGACGAGUUAGUACUCGGGCGAUAUACACACAAAUAUGUUCUCCGUAUUGAUUCUGUCCAUCUUAUUUUGAUCCCAUCAUUACAAUAAAUGAACAGAAACUGUGCAAA